UCUAUUCCUUCGGUCGAUUGAGCUGACGGCUUUUCUUUGUUUUCCCCUUCAGAAUUCAUAUAGAUACAGAGAACCAAAGUUGAAAAAAAAGAACAUACGCAUCUAAAUCUUUAAGGCUUCAGCUUCUCUUUCUCUGUUUCGACUCUGUGGAGUAAAUUUGGGAUCGAUGGCGGCCUUGCAAUACCUAGACUCUCUUCGAAAUGAGCAUCCAGAGCUAGCCGACUGGUAUAAUUCUCUUGCAGAUCUGUAUCAAAAGAAGCUCUGGCAUCAGCUCACUCUCAAGCUUGAGCAGUUCGUUGGUCUCACCGUCUUCCAGGCUGGAGAUGCAUUGAUAAAGUUGUAUCGUAACUUUAUCACUGACUUUGAGACGAAGAUUAAUCCUCUCAAGCUUGCACAUUUCGCUGUUAUAGUUUCUCAGCAGUACGCAGAGAAAGAGGCUGCUAUUAGUUUCCUUGAAGGGGUGAUUGAAAAGCUUCAGGCUACUAAGGAGCAGCGCAUAGAAGAGCCAAUUCUUUAUAUUAAGAUGCAAAUUUCCAAAUUCAAGCUUGAGCAAGGUGAUCAAAAGGAGUGCAAGAAACUUCUUGAAGAUGGGAAGAGUACCCUUGACAGUAUGACUGACAUAGAUCCAUCUGUAUAUGCUACCUAUUACUGGGUUUCAUCUCAAUACCAUAAAUUUCGCCAAGAAUUUGCUGAGUUCUACAGAAGUGCUCUCCUUUAUCUUGCAUACACAUCAGUGGAGUCUCUCUCAGAAUCUUUUAAGCUGGAUUUGGCAUUUGAUCUGUCCCUUUCUGCUCUUUUGGGAGAUAACAUCUACAACUUUGGAGAACUCCUUGCUCAUCCAAUUAUAAAGAGUCUUCUGGGGACCAAGGUGGAGUGGCUUUAUUAUAUCCUCCAAUCCUUCAACUCUGGGAAUUUGGUUCGCUAUGAAGAAUUGUGUCGCGUGCAUAAUGCUGCACUGAGUGCUCAACCAGCCUUGGUUGAGAAUGAGAAGAAGCUCUUGGAAAAAAUCAAUAUUCUAUGCUUAAUGGAGAUUAUCUUCAGCCGCCCUUCUGAUGAUCGAACUAUUCCUUUAAAAGUUAUUGCUGAGAGAACAAAAUUGUCAAUUGAGGAUGUUGAGUAUCUUCUCAUGAAGAGCCUGUCUGUUCGUCUGAUUGAGGGCAUAAUUGAUCAAGUUGAGGGAACAAUUCAUGUCUCUUGGGUGCAGCCAAGAGUUUUGGGGAUUCCACAGAUCAAAUCCUUGCGUGACCGGUUGGAUAAUUGGAUGGGCAAAGUACAUAACGCUUGGUUAUCAAUUGAGGCUGAAACACCUGAUCUUGUUGCAUCAUGAAUUUUUUUCUCCAGUUCCUUUCUGCCAUUGUAACAAUUUCGUUAUUUGAAAAGGGCAAGAAAAAGGGAAAGUGAAAUGAUGAGCAAUGAGGAUAGAGAUAAGCGUUAGUCAUUUGCGGGUAGAGCCAACUUUGUAUGAUUCCUUUAGUAGGUAUUGCUUGAUCCUUAAAUCUUUGUUCUGAAAGGAGCGGCUCAUGUACUAAACUUUUCACUUUUUGGCAUUUGUUGGAUCUACAAUGGCACUGGAAUGCCUGAGGAUACGGUUAAAACCGCAAACAUCAUCCUUAUCUUUCAUUUUGUAUUGGGAUUUUUCAUUAGAUACAAUCAGAUAUGAUCCACUUUUAUGUGGAUGAAAGUGCAUUUUCAUUUCA